UGAAAGUAUUUCGGUUUUGUAUGCUAGCAUCCAUUUGGUUACUGCAUGCCAUAGCUAGCAAGCAUGUGUUCAUGAUAUAACAGCAACGUAAAUCAGCUACAUAUGUGCCAUGUUGUGUUUUAGUCCAUAUAGAUUGUCAAGUAAAGGUUUACGAUGGCAAAAUGGGAUGUCAAUACCAGAGAUGAUCUAGCAUGCACUCACCUCGCUCCGGUUGAUUAUGUAGCAAUAUGUAUUCUCUGGCUGAUGACUGUGUGGCUUGCCCCAGGCUGCUGGUCAGAGAGGACGGAGGUGCACGAGGCGGCCUCCGAGGGACAUGCUGCCCAGCUGCAGCAACUCAUCCAGAGCGGAGCCUCUGUCAACAUAGUGGCUGUGGACUCCAUCACCCCCCUCCAUGAGGCAUGUGAAAGGGGGCAGACCCAGUGUGUCAGGCUGCUACUGGAUGCUGGAGCACAGGUGGAUGCCCGUAACACGGACGGUAGCACCCCUCUGUGUGAGGCCUGCUCGGUUGGGAGCUUUGACUGUGUGCGGAUGCUGCUGGAGCAUGGGGCCAAGGUGAACCCCACCCUCUCUUCCCUGACCACCUCACCCCUACAUGAAGCUUGCAUGGGGGGUAAUGCUGAUGUUGUGAAGAUCAUGAUCGCUAAAGGUGCCAGUCUGGAGGCAUAUGACCUGUACUAUGGGACCCCAUUGCAUGUGGCGUGUGCCAACGACCACACGGCCUGUGUCAAGGUGCUACUCAACGCAGGUGCCAAAGUGAAUUAUGCUCGGCUGCACAAGACGGCCCUGCACCAUGCUGCUAAAGUGAAGAGUGUAGACAUGAUCGACAUGCUGGUGGAGUUUGGGACGAACAUCUACGCCAAAGACAAAAACGAUAAGAAGCCCAUUGAAUACAUCGAACCCGGUUCUCCCGCUGCACUCUGCUUAGAGUUUUAUGACAGUACUCCAUUGAGUCUGCAGCAGCUGAGCAGAGUGACCCUGAGGGUGAUGCUGGGUAGCAGAGCUCUGGAGGUCGUAGUUCAGCUGGACAUACCAAAGCAAAUCAUUCGCUUCCUAUGUUACCACUGAACCUGAUACCAUUAUCUUACUAAGGUGAAGGAAGGAAGCUCAGAGACUGAAACCUUAAAAAAAUAAAAAUAAACAUCACAAUCAUCAAAAUGCUACAGUCUGAACCUUAGAUGGCACUAGAUUAGAUGCAUAAAAAUAAUAUGCAUACAGCAGGUUUACAGGUUUCCAAACAAACAGUAUUUUUAAACGGAGCACUUUUCUCUUUGAUGUCUUCAGAAUGUGUGCCAUAUCAUCACAUUAGAUACAUAUUUAAAGAAGAGAAGCAUAGGAGGUUUUAAUGGGGACUUUUUACAUACAGUUUAUUCCUUGAACUCCCAUAUCUUGUAAACCUACAUAAAAGACAAAUGGAGGCCCUCGGAAAACAAGGGAGAGGGGGAGAGGAGAAAAUAAAUGGAGGAGAGGAAGUGAUUUUGGCAGCUGAUCCUGUCCACUCUGCAACACCGUCUGUGGACACUACACCAGCAUUUUAGACGCCAUGACAACGCGGCAACAACACAACCGUUAGCAACACAUCCCAGAUCUCCGGCACAUCCUCAGGGAUGAGAAACGGUGUUGCAGCAGGAGGAUGAGCGGCGUUCCCGUUGACACUCUCCAGAUGUCAAUGUGUAUCCCAGAUUCCUCCCUGACAUCGGAACGGAAACCACACCUGACAACUGGAUGUGUUUGAGGCGGACGUGGAAUCCAGGCAGCAGAGAAACACCAUGGGAAACGAUCCUGUUUUUUUACUGUUGGUGCCUCUGAUCUGUUGCAUCCGCUAUAGCUGAGACGGCCCAGGCCUGAAUACGGUGUCUGUUUUUGGGGUGUGUGAUGAGUGUGUGUGGAUUCCUCAGAGUUGCACGAUGUCUCUGGUCACUGUAUUGAUACUGUUAUUAUUUGACAUAACCCGUCUUAAUAAUGGGAACAGAGGAAUAUGUCUUAUCAACAUGAUGUCUAUGUAAGGCAACGUGCAUUAAUCACAAAGUGUGUUUCUAAAAUAUUAUGACCUAUUUAAUCUUUCCCCACUGGCCACACGACCUCAUUUCAGUGUGGGUAAUAUUUGGUUGAGAUGUUAAUCAAUGAGAUUACAACCUAUAUCUCAACCAAAAAUGAACGUAUUUUCCAUAUAGAUUCCACGUCACAAUAUGUUGACAAAUUGUGUUGAAAAAAACGCUUAAAGUCCAGCGGAAGUGACUAUCCUCUCAGAUAAUGGAUCUGUUUAACCCGCUUUGUGAACUGUCAAGUUUUUGAAUGCACUCAAAAAAGCAAAAUAUGCACUCGAAAAGCAACUUCUUAGGGAUAGCCCCCUUUUUUUCAAAUUUCGCCUAAAUGACAUACCCAAAUCUAACUGCC